CGCAGCGUGUCGGACAUCUGAACCACUUUCAGAUCUGUGACGGAUUAUUGAGCUACUAUUUUAGAGAUAAUCCACUGGAUGCGUGUUUGAGCUGAGCCUGGGCAUAUUUGCAUCCAAUCAGAAAAAAAGGGCAGCAGAAGUCUUUGUAUUUGCUCUUGCAAGUUCUGGUUUGCUGUCCUCGAGUUGUCUGAAUGGAGAGGCAGGCAGUACUGCGGGCCAAGGAGGCCUUCCUGAGCGGCAGGACUCGGCCUGUGGAGUUCAGACUGCAGCAGCUUCACGCCCUGCAGAGGAUGAUCACUGAGAAAGAGACAGAGAUCUCCACUGCCCUCAAACAGGACAUCAACAGGAGCCAAUACGACACACCGCUCUUGGAGCUGAUUGGCAUUGAGAAUGAGAUCAAGCUGGCUAUAGAGAAACUGGCAGAGUGGGUGGCUCCACGUCCAGUGGAGAAGAACCUCCUCACUAUAUCAGAUGAGGUUUAUAUCCAGCCGGAGCCCCUGGGAGUGGUGCUCAUCAUCGGGGCCUGGAACUACCCCUGGGCCCUUACCCUCCUGCCACUGGUUGGAGCAAUCGCUGCUGGCAACGCAGCUGUGGUGAAGCCGUCCGAGCUCAGCGAGUGCUCGGCCCUCCUCCUCCGGGCGCUGCUGCCUCGCUAUCUGGACAAGGAUCUGUACCCAGUAGUGAUCGGUGGUGUGUCAGAGACCCAGGAGCUGCUGAGGCUCAGGUUUGAUCACGUCUUCUUCACAGGGAGCAGCACAGUGGGUAAACUAGUGAUGGAGGCUGCAGCUCGCCACCUCACCCCAGUGACCCUGGAGCUGGGAGGCAAGAGCCCCUGCUACAUUGACAAGAGCUGUGACAUCAGAAUUGCCUGCCGUCGUAUCACAUGGGGAAAGUUUAUCAACUGCGGUCAGACGUGCAUCGCUCCAGACUACAUCCUGUGUGAACCCUGCAUCCAGGGCCGAGUGGUGGAAUGCAUCCGACAGACUCUGCUGGAAUUUUAUGGUGCUGAUCCCAAAUGUUCACCAGACUACGGCCGAAUCAUCAACCAGCGUCAUUUCAACAGAGUCAUGGGUCUGAUGGAGGGUUACACUCCUGUGGUGGGAGGACAGAAUGACUCCUCACAGCGUUACAUCGCCCCUACAGUGCUGAAGGAUGUGCCCCCUCACUCCAGGCUGAUGCAGGAGGAGAUCUUCGGCCCUCUGCUGCCCAUUGUCACUGUGAGUGACAUGGAUGAUGCCAUCCGCUUCAUCAACGAGAGAGAGAAACCUCUGGCCCUCUACAUCUUCUGCUCCGAUAAGAAGGCAGUAAAAAGGAUGAUCGAGGAGACCACAAGUGGAGGGGUGACAGUCAAUGACGUUAUGAUGCACUACACCCUCAGCUCUCUCCCGUUUGGUGGUGUUGGUCAGAGUGGUAUGGGGCGCUACCACGGUAAACACACCUUUGACCAGCUGAGCCACCAGAGGGCGUGCCUGGUCCGCUCUCUGGGCAUGGAGAGUGUCAACCUGGCCCGGUACCCUCCUCAGGACCGCCGACGGGCGCGCAGGGUGCGGAUGGCCCUCAGGUCACCCUUGAUCGACAUGUCCAAGAGGACGUUGAUCUGGGCAGUCGUUGCCACCAUCAUUGGCUUCAUCCUGUUCAUCACCCUGCUGGUCAUCCUGCUCAUAGCUGCAGGCCUCAACUGCACCUGCUGGUACUGGAGAGGCUUUUAUAACUAGAGAAUCCAAAGAAAGAAGAAAAUGUGCCUGCUGCAAUGAUUUCCAUGUUAAGAAACCAUCUGAACAAACUUUGAAUCCUGUUUUGUAUUCAGAUAUUGUAGAGAUAAAAAAUAGGAUAACCCUAUCUAACGUUUAUUUCCUGUGUGUCUAUUUUGUAUCAGAUGUCCUCCUUCAGCGAUGAGACAAACAAAGUUAAACAUCAAAAGUGUCAGAAACACUGCUGUCCUGCAUUUUUCAUUACUGCAGGUUAACGUUCACCUUUUGAGGAAAUAUCAGUAUAAAUACAAACAGUAAUCCACAGAUAAAGCAUGUGUGUAUUUAGUUUGUGUUGAUCCAGAAUAAAGAUUUGUUGAUAAAUUA